UUCACCUUCUUUUUUUUAUUGCAUGUCUUCAUGAGAAGAUUAAGCUGUAUAGUGAAACUGCUCAAGCACAUCCACUCUGCUAAGACGACUGAUGUGCCACAGAUCUUCCCUUUAAUCGACUUGCUAAUUAACAUCUCUUGCUAACAAGCUCUUUGGACGAGGGCAACCGAUACAGAGCCUUCUCAUCCGUGUUAUUAUGUAACUUGUCCAUCGAGUUGCAACUGGUUUAAAAUUACUUAAAAAUAUAGUAAAUUCAGUGUGACCCUUUGCUGGUUCCAGACCUCUGACAUGGCCCUUGCAUCUCUGAUUUUAAAUGGCUAUCCACUCUGUUUAUCACGCUAAUACCAGCCAGCUCAGUGAAACUCAAUGGACCCGCUGAGCCAGCAAAUUAGAAAAUAAGCAUUUACUGUAACUCCUCAUUUACCUUUAGAGGCCUUAUUUGCAGCUGAAUCUAACAAAUUUCGCAUUUUAUUCUCAAUGUAGUGUGGUCAGAAUUAGGUGGUACAAAAAUACAUAUCAGAUCACCUCUUGUGAGACAUUUAGGAACGUAAACAUGCAGGAGCUGUAAAUGGAUUCCCCCACUAAUCUGACAUACCAGAGCCACAACUUACUAACUCCAUUUAGUGCCACUUAUUGAGUAAAUGAGGGUAACGUGAAUGGAAGUUAUCUAACUUGAAGAAGAAGAAACUGACAGGCAAAAAAAUGGCAGAAAGCAAUUCAGAGAGCUUAAUAACUGAACUGACACAUUAUUAAAAAAAAAUUACAAAAACACAUUCUGACACCACAAUCGAAGGAAUAAAUGCAUAAUUCCAGCUUUUUGCCUUAUUAGGAGUAUUUUUGCUUCUUCAGUUACACUGUAAUUGCUGUAUCGUAACACUGUUGUUAUAGUAUUAUGAUAAUAUGGUAUCAUGAGCUAACCUGUGAUUCCAACCUCUAUUCAGAAUACAGGAUGGCACACACAGUGAUCACGAUAUCGAGAGAAGUUAAAAGCUCCCCUGUUUCAUUUUACUCUUCAAGUGUGUUCUUUUUAAACAAACUAAAAUGAAUAAUUCACUUUAUCAAAUUUGUAAUAUAUAAGAAGGACAGCUUAGAUCAUUCUUUCUGAUCGGUUGGUCAGAACAUGCAAAAGGACUGGAAGAGAAAUCAGGAGAUAAUUACUGCAUAUGAAAAUGUUUCUAAUACACAAAAUGGCUUAUUGCUGGACUUUGGUUACAUCUUCGUGCCUGUAAAGCAAAUCAUUUCAACUGCUCAUGACUUACAAAUUCAUGCAGCCUGCAGGGAUGUGUCACAAGUCAGUAAACAAUAUUAUAUUUAGACAUUCAUGAAGGUAAAAUAGAUGCACUGACUUCAACAUUGUACAGUUGAAAGAUGGAACAAACAUGGUCUGUAGACUGAGACAACACGAGUUGGUCUCUGCAACUUUAAUACAAACAUGACAGUGGAAACUUUGCCAAAACAACAUAACAAAAUAUUUAAUUCACAAAGCUGUGACAUAAUAAAUUCAUGUUCUGUGUGAUAUCCUUGGAUGUGUCUGCGCUAGUGCUGGGCGAUAUGACGAUACAUAUCGUGGGAACGAUAGAAAAGUGUCUAUCGUGCCAUUUCUCUUCUAUCGUUUGUAUCGUUUCUAACCUGAUUUUAUCAAUUAUUACAGCAACUAUAUCAUUAAAUAGCCUGCGACGAUUGUAUUAGUGUUUUCUUGUCAUUAUGCAUACUCUAAGUUUAUAUAAGUGAAAAUAAAGAAGAAUAAAAAAGCGACUUUUCGCAAAGAAACUCCGUCUUGUGGUUUUGCGACAUGACGCUGCUUUACGUUACUUAACUCAUGAGUGCUGAAUGAUGGACGCGCAACAGGUUGAAUGCUUAUGGCCGGAGUCGCAACAGACAGAGACAGCUACGCAGGCAGCCCAAGAAGAAACACUAUUACCGAAAAGAGGGGGUACGUCUGUGAUUUGGGUACAUUUUGGGUUCAAGACGUCCGACACGGAGCAGAAGACGGCCAUAUGCAAACUAUGCUACAAGACUAUUCCCGUGCCCGAUGCCAACACAACAAACCUCUUCUAUCACCUAAAGAAGGUCCACGAAAAAGAAUACAUAAAAAUCCAAAAAAUCCGAGCUAAACCAAGUUGUGGAACAGUGGGGGCAAGUUGCGAAAAGAAAAACUAUAGCCAGCCGAAGAUAAAGCAGUCUUUCGCACAAGGCACGCCGUAUGAGAAAAGCGCCAUAAACAAAUCACGUGCCAUCUCGCGUUACAUUUGUAAAGGCAUGGCUCCCAUGUAUGUAGUUGAGAAGGACAGCUUUCGAGACCUCGUCAAAGUCCUUGAUCCAAGGUACGUUAUGCGUGGUCGUAAGCACUUCAGUAAAGUUGAGUUGCCUCGCUUAUAUGACGCAUGCCAGGCCAAAGUAGAGAAGGAUGUUUGCAGUGUGGUGCAUUAUGCCUUGACUACUGACCCGUGGACGAGCAGAGCUACGCAGCCCUACAUGAGCGUAACCAUCCAUUUCAUCAGCAAAGACUGGACCCUCUGCGCUCGCUGUUUACAGACUGCAUACUUUCCAGAUGACCACACAGGAGUCAUGUUAGCCCAAGGUCUGAGAGAUACACUGGAGUCAUGGGGAUUGCAAGAAUGCCACCUUGUCUGUGUCACCACGGAUAACGCCACUAACAACAUCUCUGCAAUGGAACUGAAUGAGUGGGAACGGCUACAAUGCUUUGGUCACCGUCUACAGCUAGCCAUUGAGAACGCUCUAAAAGCUCUUACACCAGCAUCUACAAAGCAGGCUAUGGAACGAGCAGUUGGAGUGUGUAAAAAGGUGGUGAGUGCCUUCUCCACCUCAUGGAAGAGAAAACGUGACUUGGCCAAGGCGCAAGCAGUGCUGGGCUUGCCUCCCCAUCAGCUCAUCACUGAAACCCCCACAAGAUGGGGCUCACGGCAGAGGAUGAUAGAGAGGUUCCUAGAGCAGGAGAAAGCUCUUUCACAGGUCGUCCUUGCAGAUAAGAAGACAUCUGAUGCCAAGCUGGCAAGACAUGGCAUUGCUAGAGUCCUUGAACAAGGCACUGGGUCCACUGUUCGAGUUUACUGAUGCUUUGUCGUGGGAGAGGUAUGUCAGCGUAUCUUUUCUGAAGCCAGUACUGCACCUCUUCAACAACGAAAUCCUCGGCUGGAAGGAUGGGGAAACAGAGCUCACAAAAGCAGUCAAAGAGGGUAUCCUCAAGUACCUCAAUGAAAAAUAUGAUGACCAUACCACCAACAACCUCCUAGACAUGGCGACACUUGUUGACCCAUGUUUUAAGACAGCCUACAUGAAGGAAGAGAGGGUGGAGUUCAUAAAGAUGAGAGCUGCAGCGGAGCUGGUGGACAUGGUGGGAGCCACGCCACCAGAAAGUGCACAAACAGCAGCAGCCUCCAGUUCACCCCCAGCUGCUGAAGAUGAUCCAGAGCUUCCUCAUCCCACAAAGAAAACAAAGAAAAGUUUAGGUAGCUACUUCAAAAAGGCAGGUCAAGCCACCACCCACACCCAGCCAAGCAGAGCAUCCAUUGAACUGGAGCUCUCCAUGUAUUUUCAGGCACCUGGGCCUGACUCAGAGACCGACCCACUGGAAUGGUGGAAGCAGCAUGAGAUGAACUUCCCAUUGGUGGCCAGGCUCGCCAAAAAGUACUUGUGCAUUCCUGCUACUAGUUCUUCAUCUGAAAGGGCCUUCAGUGCGAGUGGGAACAUCAUCACAUGUAAGAGGUCAUGUCUUAAGCCAAACGCAGUUGAUCAACUUGUCUUCCUUGUACUCAACCUAUAAAUUUGACAGAAACAUAUCUACUUCUACAAAGUAGCCUUUUAUGUUUGCACUUUUAUUCAUGGUUAAUGCCUUAAACAGAGUUCUGUUCAACCUUGAUGUUUACUUUUGACACCUGAUAUUGGUUUGCAAACUUUGCACUACAAGGUUACAGAUUUCAGAAAGUUGAAAAAUAAUUUUUGUUUAUUUUUUAUAGCUGAACUUUUGUGCAAAAAUGUAUUUUUCUUCUCAGAAACUUGAAACUGUUGUGCACUUUAAAAAAAUGUUAAAAAUAGAGUUUAUUUUGACAAUUCGGGUUAAAUAACUGUAUGAUUUCGAAAAAAAUGUGAAGGCUACUGUACCUCCGCCACAGCUGUUUUCAUUUGAUACAUUUAUAUUGCUGCACUAAAAUGUAUGUUUCUCAUUUGUGACAGUUCAGUUAAAUGUCACUUCAAAAUAAAGUUGGAGAAAAGUAAGCAAUGAAA